CUUCCUCAUCGCGCAACCCCGAUCGGGCCUCGCUCCCCGUCGCUCGAUCGCCGUCGCCUCGCUCGCGUUCCGGAAUCUCCUCGCCGAUAAACGAAAAUGAGAGAAAUCUUGCACGUCCAAGGUGGACAAUGUGGCAACCAGAUUGGAUCCAAGUUCUGGGAGGUUGUCUGUGAUGAGCAUGGCAUCGACCCUACUGGACGCUACACUGGCACCUCUGAUCUCCAGUUGGAGCGUGUCAAUGUGUACUACAACGAGGCUUCAUGCGGGCGCUUCGUACCCCGUGCUGUGCUCAUGGAUCUCGAGCCUGGUACUAUGGACAGUGUCCGGACAGGUCCUUAUGGCCAGAUCUUCAGGCCAGACAACUUUGUGUUUGGGCAGUCUGGUGCUGGUAACAAUUGGGCCAAGGGGCACUACACGGAGGGUGCAGAGCUCAUUGAUGCCGUUCUUGAUGUUGUGAGGAAGGAAGCUGAGAAUUGCGACUGUCUUCAAGGGUUCCAAAUCUGCCACUCGCUCGGUGGUGGAACUGGUUCUGGAAUGGGAACCUUGUUGAUUUCAAAGAUCAGAGAAGAGUACCCUGACCGAAUGAUGCUCACUUUCUCAGUGUUUCCAUCACCAAAGGUAUCAGACACAGUGGUUGAGCCCUACAAUGCCACCCUGUCUGUGCAUCAGCUCGUGGAGAAUGCUGAUGAGUGCAUGGUCUUGGACAAUGAGGCUCUAUAUGACAUUUGUUUCAGGACGCUCAAGCUGACGACUCCUAGCUUUGGCGAUUUGAACCAUCUGAUUUCUGCUACCAUGAGUGGGGUUACAUGCUGCCUCAGGUUCCCUGGGCAACUGAACUCUGACCUCCGAAAGCUUGCAGUCAAUCUCAUCCCCUUCCCCCGUCUUCACUUCUUCAUGGUUGGAUUUGCCCCUCUCACUUCCCGUGGCUCUCAGCAGUAUCGUGCUUUGACUGUCCCAGAGCUCACUCAACAGAUGUGGGAUGCAAAGAACAUGAUGUGUGCAGCAGACCCACGCCAUGGUCGCUACCUCACAGCAUCAGCCAUGUUCAGAGGCAAGAUGAGCACCAAGGAAGUCGAUGAGCAGAUGAUCAAUGUCCAGAACAAGAACUCCUCUUACUUUGUUGAGUGGAUUCCGAACAAUGUGAAAUCUAGUGUCUGUGACAUUCCUCCCAGGGGACUCUCCAUGGCAUCGACUUUCAUUGGUAACUCGACCUCAAUUCAGGAGAUGUUCAGGAGGGUCAGCGAGCAAUUCACGGCUAUGUUCAGGAGGAAGGCUUUCUUGCAUUGGUACACUGGCGAAGGCAUGGACGAGAUGGAGUUCACUGAAGCCGAGAGCAACAUGAACGACCUUGUGUCAGAGUAUCAGCAGUACCAGGAUGCAACAGCCGAUGAGGAACUCGAGUAUGAGGAUGAGGAGGAUGCUGAGCAGGAUAUGUAAAUGUGCUAUCGAGAGGGGUAAUACACCUUUGUUGCAGCAAUUUAUGGUGGUUGAUGUCUAAGUACUUCAUCCGGAGAGGGGGUCUGAAGAAUGCCUUUUUUUUUUUCAGUUUAAUCUCAGUAUUUGGAUAUGGAAAAGUUACUUUUGUCAC